CAAAAUCUGAUGGCCAUGGAAGACAGUUUCGGAGAAGAGGACCUCGCCAACGUCGCUAUAGGAUCCACUAGCCACCGUUUCAGUCAUCCCCUAAAAAUCGAGCAAGAAAGUGACUCAACCGACGGUGUAGACUCAAUCAGCUCUCUACCCGAAGACAUCCUCCACCGUAUCCUCUCCUUAGUUCCCACCAACAUCGCCAUCAGAACCUCUGUUUUGUCCAAACGAUGGAGACAUGUUUGGUCUAAGUCACCUUACCUCUGCUUUGAUCAGCUUAGAAUCUCCCCUGCAUCGAUAAACGAAACCCUAAACAACUACUCGGCCACCAACAUCACAAGUUUCCAUCUUGUCACAAGCUUGCUCAAGAACAGGAUUCACUUUGUCGAUAGAUGGAUCGAGUUCGCCAUCUCUCACGGCGCUGUGAAUCUAACUCUUGAGUUUCGUGAUUCUCGUGUUGGCGAUUACAAGUUUCCAGAGUUCUUCUACACCAAUUCCUCUGUUCAGCAACUCUUGAUCAUCAUCAACUCGGGACCUGUUGGUUUGAUUCCCAGCUGUAACGUGUCUUGGACGUCACUAAAGUACUUGUCUUUGAGCUCUUGUAGACUCUCUGAUGAAACGUUUCCUAAGAUCCUGUCUGGUUGUCCGGUCCUUGAAAGCUUGAGACUGCAGAACUAUGGUACAGUUAAGUUUCUUGAUCUGAGUGAAUCGCGUCUCUUGAGAAGAUUGGAUUUAGAUUGCUGCUCCUCUGUUCGAGAACCAACGAAGAUCGUGGGACCGCAUAUACAUUAUCUGAGAUUGAGAGCUCAAUGCACUUUACUUGAUGUCUCGUCUUUAAUAGAAGCUAAUGUAGACUCUUCAGUUAACUAUCUCUUGCCUAGUAUCUCUUAUCAUGAAGCUGAGCCCUUGAAGCUAGCCAUAGUGCAAGCAAUGCUAGACAAGUUGCAGAACGUAGAUAAGCUUACUCUUGGGGUUGAGUUUCUUCGGAUUUUAUCUAAAUCCGAGCUCAAUGGUGUUCUUAUACCGACGCUCAAGGUCAAAACUCUGACUCUUGAAACAAUGAUUCUGCGACCUGUGGUUCCUGGUAUAAUAAGACUGGUACAAAACUCGCCUGAAGUAAAGAAGAUAACAAUUUACACAAUGCAGUUCAGCACCGUACUGGAUAAACGUGACAGCUUCGUGGACUUUAAGAAUAUGAAUCCGGAUCAAGGUUGGAGAUCACUAGAUCAUGUGGUCUUUCCGACCUUGUGGGAUUCUAAAGUUCCUGAGCCUGAACUCAUGGUUUCUUUCAUGGAACUUUUGCUGGCAAACGCAAUUACAUUAGAGACGUUGGUUGUAAGGCUGGGGAGUUACACUGAUAGAUCAAGAUUUGAAGAGCAGUUUCAAAUCGCUCUAACGCUUUCUCACUACAACAAUGAGGCAGUGCCGGUCCGGUGAAAUCCGAGGCCCAAUACGAAAAAGAAAAAAAAUUAAGGUUUUUUUUUAAAAAAUAUAAUAAAAGCUGAAAUAUGUUUUGCUAAUUAUA